AUGUACAAUGCAGAGAAGCGAGGGAAGCGUCAGGUCAUGAUUCGACCAUCCUCCAAAGUCAUUAUUAAGUUUCUCCUGGUGAUGCAAAAACACGGAUACAUUGGAGAGUUUGAGUAUGUUGAUGAUCACCGAUCUGGUAAAAUUGUGGUUGAACUUAAUGGAAGGUUGAACAAGUGUGGUGUCAUCAGCCCUCGCUUUGAUGUUGGUGUCAAGGAAAUUGAGGGAUGGACUGCAAGGUUGCUUCCCUCUAGACAGUUUGGAUACAUUGUGCUGACCACAUCUGCUGGCAUCAUGGACCAUGAAGAGGCUAGGAGAAAGAAUGUUGGUGGAAAAGUGCUUGGCUUCUUCUAUUGA